GUGUCUUGUCCUGAAACCCAUCUCUGUAAAACCAAACCAAGCCGCCUCUCUCUGUUUGUGUCUCUUUCCUUCCUCUGUAUCUGAAAUCCCUUCUUUCUUAAGAGAGGAAGGAAACCCAUUUCCUCCAUCUCUUUUCUCUCUCUAAAGGCGGAGGCUUUUUAGAGAGAGGAAGAGUCACAUUUUCACAUUAAACAGAAUAAAGGAAGAAGAGUAUUUUUGGUUCAAGGGAGGAAAUCAUAGACAUGGGUGGAAAGAAAUUUGCUGUUCUUCUGUGUGCAGAGGACCCUGAGUAUGUGAAAAUGAAGUAUGGAGGGUACUUUGGGGUGUUUUUGAGAAUGCUGGGGGAGGAAGGAGAGACAUGGGAUGUUUAUAAGGUAGCUUGUGGAGAGUUUCCUGAUGAUGAAGAGAUUAAAACCUUUGAUGGGUUUGUCAUCACUGGAAGCUGCAAUGAUGCUCAUGGAAAUGAUGUUUGGAUCCUAAAGCUCUUGAUUCUCUUGCAAAAGUUGAAUUCCAUGAAGAAGAAAAUUCUUGGAAUUUGUUUUGGACACCAGAUACUGGCGCGUUCACUGGGAGGAAAAACAGGCCCUGCCGUCUCUGGCUGGGAUAUGGGAAUCACAACCAUCCAUUUCUCAUCAUCAACGAAACUAUUCUCGUCAGUGAUAGUGCCUGCGUCACUAGCUGUGAUCGAGUGCCAUAGGGACGAGGUCCGUGAACUCCCACCAGAAGCUGAGGUGAUUGCAUGGUCUGAUAAGACUGGGAUUGAGAUGUUUAGGUAUGAAGAUCACAUCAUGGGCAUCCAAGGUCAUCCUGAGUACAACAGAGACAUUCUCUCCCACUUGGUUGAUCGUCUUCUCCAACGUAAUCUUAUUGUGGAAUCAUUUGCUGAUGAGAUCAAGGCAAAUUUGGAUGGACAAGAGCCAGAUAAGGAGGCAUGGAAGAAGCUGUGCACCAACUUCCUCAAGGGCAGAUUAUACUGAUAAAAAAAAAAUUCCCAAAAAAAAAGGAAGAAAAAGAAAGUUGGGGGACUUAAAUGUAAAUAAAGAGUACAAUGGGAAGAAAGAAGUUGAAGAGAAGAAACACAUGAAUUAGCAGUGUGUUUGGGUUUAGUGAGGUGGGUGGGCAUUGAUUAACAGCAAGUUUUGGAAUUAAUGGCAUGUUGGCAAGUGGGUUCUUUUUGAGAAAAUGGUGAUUUAGCAGGGCUUAGCAUGAAAAAUUAAAAAAUUUUACCCAAGUUUUGUUAAUUGCUCUUUGCUUAUUUAUUGACUGUUUAGUGGUGACCCCUAUUAUCAUUUGAAGGUCAAGUGCAAUUUUAAUGGCUUUUUUAUUUUA